AUGUGUCCCCCCCAAUGCAUUCCCAUGCUUGCAUCAGCACAGGGGCUGGUGGGUGUGGUGGGGUGGCGGGAAGGGAAGGCGAUGGAAGGGCUGGUGAUGGUGUUUGGGCGGCUGCAGGAGGACCCAUGGGCGUCGCACGGCAACUUGACUCAGAGGCUCUUUGCCAACUACGUGCUCCGCACGCAGGCCGCCCGCCCCUGGGUGCACGCCAUUGCCUAUGCCGCCUUUGUUAAUGGCUCCGACAGGGCGGCCUUUGAGAGGCGGAUGGGGUGCCGGCUGGUGGACGUGAUGGGCAAGCCGGUCCCGCCCGCCCACUGGUACAUGGACUUGCGCUUCUGGUUCGACGCGCAGUACCCCUUUGACCUGGUGCAGAGCGCCGCGGACUGCCCCGAUGGCCGCACCCACCCGUCGUACGGCCCGCAGCUGACCCGCAUGAAGGAGACUUUCGAUAAUAUGCUCACCACGCCCUAUGUGCUCUCCAAUGGCCAUCCAGGCAUGGCCAUGGUAUUCCCGGUCUUCAAAGGCAACGUCACGACAGAGCUGGCCUGGGCAGAGAGGCACGCGGCGUUCAUGGGUGUGAUGGCGGCGUCAGUGGACUUCAAUCGUCUGGCAGAAUUCAUCAUUCUUGAAGUGCUCCGCCAAGGCAUCGAGUAUUCUCUGGAGGUGUAUGACGUCACCCCCACGGAUAUCCUCCCCAAUUCCUCCACCCCGCUGGGCCCGCGCCUUCUGUACGGGGGCUCGGACGAGGCCCGCAGCAUGACUGCUGUGUUCCUGGGGGUGAUUAUUGUGGUGGUGGCGGCGCUGCUGGCCGCUAUCGGCGUGAGCGUGACAAUCAACACGCGGAGGCUGCGCGAGAAGACGGCAUCAUUGGAGGUCCUCAAGGGGAAGGCGGAGGUGGCGGAGCGAAACAAGGGUGUGUUCAUCGCCAACACCGCGCAUGAGCUGCGCACCCCCAUCUAUGGCAUGGAAGGCAUGCUCAAGCAGCUGGACGAAGGAGGGCUGGACGGGGGGCAGAGGGGGGACGUGGGGGCAGCAGUGGAGGAGGCGGAGCGCAUCCUAUUGCUUGUCAACGCGGUGCUGGAUGUGUGCAAGGCGGAGGCGGGCCGCCUGCACCUGGAGAGCCUGCCCUUUGCCCUCCGCCCCUGGCUGCGUGACGUGCUGCUCCCACACGAGCAGGCUGCUCAGGAGCGCGGCCUCGAAUUGACAUGGCAUGUGGAUGGGGAUGUGCCCGGUGUGCUGGUGGGGGACUACCUUCGCCUGCAGCAAGUGAUGGACAGAAUAGUCGACAACGCCAUAAAGUUCACGGCCAGCGGGGGCGUGUGUGUGCGGCUGCAGUGCCUUCCCCCCGACACCCACAUCCCCACCCACCUGCUCUCCCUCGGCUGCCUCCUUGCCGAAGCCACUCCAGGCCGCUCCUCGCCUGCCGCUGCCGCUGCUACCAACCCUGAUGCUGCCGCUGCUGAUGCUGCCAGUGAGGCUGUGCAUGGGAACGAAGUGGGAGAGCCGCUGUUUAAGAUGCCGUUCUGGGAGCAGGUGGGGCAGCGAGGGCUGGCGAAGGCGGUGACAGGUGCAUGCAAUAAACGGGUGUUCCGGAGAGGCUUGUCUGCGCAGUGCCUUGGGUGCUACUGGCGCAUGCCGCUCGUUCAGGAAGGGGGACAAGAGCGGGAGGAGAGUGAGGAGAGGGGGGAGAGAGAGGAGGGCACAGAAAGGGAGGAGGAGGAGGAGAGGGGAAGUGUUCGGGAACAGAGUGAUGCGAAUAGAGAAAGCGGGGAAGACAGGGGGGGUAAGAGGCUGGUAUCGGGUGGUGAAGAUGGAGAAGCAGCAGUGGGUGCUGUGGGGUGUGGAGUCAGAGGGGCACCCCUGAUCCGUUUCCAGCAUGGGGUGGAGAACGGUGGAGAGCGUCUGACGAUGGUGGUGGGAGGCGGAAGCAGAGGCGAGAGGGUGUGCAGUGAGUUGAGUGAAGGCAAGGGUAGUGCUGCAUCAUGGGGUCCGGCAAAUGACGAGCAGGGUGGGCGUGGGGGGAUGGGGUCAUGUGCUGGUGUGCAUAGAACAAGAGCGCGUGGUGAGGACGCUGACAGAGAGGAGGGCACAGAGGAGGAGGGGGGGGGAGGCAGGCGGUGUGUGGUGCUGGUGACGUGUGAGGACAUGGGGUGUGGCAUCGCAGAGGAGGAGCAGUGCGACGUGUUUCAGGCGUUCAUGCAGGUGUCGCUCAUGGGCGGCAGCAUUGGGUUGCUCAGCACAGAGGGUCACGGCACCACCCUGCACAUCGCUCUGCCCAUGCCUGUUGCUGCUGCCACUGCUGCCCCAGCUGUGUCGCUCAUGGGCGGCAGCAUUGGGUUGCUCAGCACAGAGGGUCACGGCACCACCCUGCACAUCGCUCUGCCCAUGCCUGUUGCUGCUGCCACUGCUGCCCCAGCUGUGUCGCUCAUGGGCGGCAGCAUUGGGUUGCUCAGCACAGAGGGUCACGGCACCACCCUGCACAUCGCUCUGCCCAUGCCUGUUGCUGCUGCCACUGCUGCCCCAGCUGUGUCGCUCAUGGGCGGCAGCAUUGGGUUGCUCAGCACAGAGGGUCACGGCACCACCCUGCACAUCGCUCUGCCCAUGCCUGUUGCUGCUGCCACUGCUGCCCCAGCUGUGUCGCUCAUGGGCGGCAGCAUUGGGUUGCUCAGCACAGAGGGUCACGGCACCACCCUGCACAUCGCUCUGCCCAUGCCUGUUGCUGCUGCCACUGCUGCCCCAGCUGUGUCGCUCAUGGGCGGCAGCAUUGGGUUGCUCAGCACAGAGGGUCACGGCACCACCCUGCACAUCGCUCUGCCCAUGCCUGUUGCUGCUGCCACUGCUGCCCCAGCUCAUCUCGCCGAAUGGAACGACGAGAACGUGCGGCGCGAUGGCGGAAUUGUUUGCGCGAAGGUUCCGAAGCGCGUUUCCGACUCCAUUCGCGACGGGAAGGAGAGCAAGAUUACGGCGCGCAAGGAAAAAGAGAGGGCGACCGAUGCAGCACUCAACGCAGUGAGCGGCGUAGGCGGUGCGGGACCGAAGGCUAAGAAGGGGCGGAUGGAGGAUUGGUAUGGUGAGGGGGGGAAGACGGCGACGCGUGCGGCCGACGAGGCAAUUUGCCUCUACAUCGCGGGGACGCGCACGGCGGAACGUCAGUGCGAGCACCCGCUCUUCCUCAACAUGCUGCGCGCCGUUGCUGCCGCUGGAAGCAGCUACGUCUCUCCCAAGCGUGACUUCGUCGGCGGCGUCGGGCUGCAGGAGUGCAAGAGGCGGAUUGAAAAGGGGUUGGAGCCCAUUACGAAAACCUGGACGGAGACCGGCGUGACGAUUGCCAGCGACAUGAUGCGGGACAAGAGCGGGCGCGCGCAGAUGAACAUCAUUUGUAUCAACGACAACGGCGCGGUGUUCCAGGAGGCGGUCGACUGCAAGGCGGAGACUAAGAGUGGGGCUUUCAUCGUGAGCGUCCUGCAGCCGAUCAUCGAGAAGAUUGGGCCGCAGCACGUCGUCGCUUUUUGCUCGGACGGCGGCAGCAACUACGUGUCCGCCGGCAAGAAGCUGCAGGAGAUCUACCCGCAUCUCGAGUUCGUUCCCUGCGCCACUCACGUGCUCGACCUGCUGAUUGAGGACAUCGGCGGGAUGGACUGGGCGCAGGAGGUCGUCCCUGUUGCGAACGACAUCAUCUCCUUCGUGCGCAGCCACACGUGGACGCGCGCCUUCCUGCGGUGUCCCGAGCUGCACGGCGAGGAGAAGUCGCUGCAGGCGCUGCGCCCGGCGGGCACGCGCUUUGGGACGAACUUCAUCGCUGUGUCGCGGCUGCUCAAGAUCCGUCAGCAUCUGACGCAGAUGGUGACGCACAAGGAUUGGGAGGAGAAGGGAGGUAGCACGCAGACUGGAAAGACAUUUGCGGCGUCGGUGUUGGAUGUGGGGUGGUGGAACAAGGCGGAGACAUUCGUGAAGGUGAUGGAGCUGCCCUACAAGGUGAUGAGGCGGACUGAUGGGGAGGCGAAGGGGAGGAUGGGUGAGAUGUACGACAUCAUGCUGCAGCUGACGGAGGACUUGCAGAAGCUGUUGGAGAAGGAUGAUUGUGGGCUCAAGAGGGCGGAUAAGGAGGGGGUGAAGGAGCACCUGAGGCGGCGUUGGGAUGAGAACUUGGCCUGCCCCCUUCACGUGGUUGGCCGGAUUCUGAACCCGGCCAACCAGGAGGAGGGGAUCUACCACAAGGACGUCGAGUGCACCAGGGUGAUGAAGGCGUGGCUCCAGCGCUCGAAGGCAUUCGUCGACAAGUAUUGGAAGAGCGGCGGCGACACUAAGGGGACGAUGAAGGCGCUGCAGGAGGGGAUGCUUGCGUUCAUUGAGGGGAAGGGGUGCUUUGGGUCUGAGGAUGCAAUAGAGGGGCGGGCGGAGAUUAAGGCCGGGAAGGGGGACAUGGUGACGUGGUGGAAGGUGAACGGCUGGGAGUACCAGGAGCUGGCUGGCCUUGCGUGCCGGGCGCUCUCACAGCCCGUCUCCGCUUCACCAUGCGAGCGCGGAUGGUCCACGUGGGAUGGCGUGCACACGGCGCGCAGGAACAGGUUGGGUUCGGAGAAGGUCCGCGACCUUGUGUUCGUUGCGCACAACUGGAACGUUGUGCACAACCACCACAAGGGUGCGGCGGGUGCGGGGCCGAGUGGGGAAGUCAGGAAGGCGGGAAUAGUGGAGGGGAACAUUCCCCCCCGACCCCUUCCCGAGGGCGCAGAUCUUUCUGGGCCGGUGGCGGCUUGUGCUGCGUCUUCCUCUGCUGCUGUGAGGGAUGACACAGCUGUCCCACAGGCAGUGGAGACAACGAGUGUGAAGGAUAGAUUGGAGGAUUUGCUGCAAGGCAAGGCGAUUCUGGUGGUGGACGACAAUCCGAUCAACCGGCGGGUGGCAGCGAGCACGCUGGCGCGGUACGGGGCGGAGGUGGCGCUGGCAGAGUCGGGCGAGGCGGCGCUGCGCCUGCUGCAGGCAACCCACUCCUUCCGCCUCGUGCUCAUGGACCUCCUCAUGCCCGGCCUUGAUGGCUUUCAAACUACUGCCCGCCUGCGCGCCUUUGAGUCCCAAGCCCACACUGCCCAAGGGGGGGUACAGGGGGGGCAGGGAGCAGAGGAGUCGCAGUGCAUUCCAGAGGUGGGGGAGAAUGCGGCAGAGGGUAGUGAAGGGGGCUGGCAGUGUCAGCAGCGCGUUCAUGUGGUGGCCAUGUCAGCAGAUGUGGACGGCAGUGUUGCAGCCCGUGCUACAGAGGCUGGCAUGGAUGGUGCCGUGCAAAAGCCACUCAAUGAGAGAGUGCUGCUGCAGGUGCUUUCAACACUGAAUGGUUUGUAA